CACCGUAUAAAAAUGCUUCUUAUGUGAAUUAUUGAUUUACGAACUUAUUUAGCCAAGUAAGUCCAAACAAGUAAGGAUGAAGCACAUAGGAGUUGUGAAUUCCCUGUUUACCUAUAAAAAUGGAACGCCUCGUCAACCCUCUGUUUGUGACACAGCUCGGGGCAGUAUUACUAUCAGUAAAGAAAUAUUCAACAAUCCUGAACACUCCUUAGAUGGUAUCCAGCAGUACUCUCAUAUUUGGAUAAUAUUUGAGUUCAACAAGAACAACAACCAAUACACCAAAGCGAAAGUCACACCACCAAGACUUGAUGGCCGCAGAGUGGGAUUGUUCUCAACCAGAUCACCAUACCGGCCUAAUCCAAUCGGGCUCACACUCGCCAAACUGGAACGAGUUGAAGGUGCUACACUUCAUAUAUCAGGCAUAGAUACUUUAAAUGGGACCUUGGUCCUGGAUAUCAAGCCCUAUAUACCCAGCUACGAUUGUCCAAGAUCUUCACUGUUGUUGGCCACUCCCACUACAUGCAUGGGAAAUAAAGACCAACCUUCAGACAUCAGUGAUGACCAAGUCUGCGAUAAAGAUCCAUUAAUUGAUGAUCACAAUUCUCUUCAAUCUGUGGAUGGUGCCAGGCCAUUGUUGAAUAAUCAGGAACCAAAGUUUGACAACACACUGGACAUUUGUUCUACGAAAGCAGAAAAAACUUGUAUUCAAAAUGAAAUAAAAAUUCAGGGAGAAGUAGUAAAUAAUGAGCUAACACCAGCAAACCAAGCCAACGAUACUGCAAUAGCUUUAUCUAGUGAUGCUAUAGCUAACAAUGUGCCUAUCAAAGCAUCCACAAACUUGAAUGAUUCAGAGGAAAUCUCUAUAGCAACAAGCAAAUGCGAUUCCAAGUCUUCUGUUACGAGUAGUGCAAUAAAAACUGCAGACUGGGUCAAUAAACCGCCUAUUGAAAAACUGACUGUGCGAUUCACACCUACGGCAGAGCAACAACUUGCCCACUUCAGUAAGAAUACAGAAGACUCUGAUCACAGGCUUGAAUUUUUAGAAUCAUGUAACGAAGCCCGUAAUGCAAUAUGUCAGAUUUUGGUGGAGGACCCUAGGUCUGUGUACAGACGACAGAACUGUCCAGAUCGUUUGUAUUUUUUUGUUGUAGAUAAGGUACAUGUGACAUGUUGGUUUGAUGACGGCAUGGUGGAAGUUGUUAGAAUCAAACCUGUGUCACAAGUGAAACAUUUACAGCCAGAGUGACACGGUGAAUCCAAUCUCAACCAGGUCAAUGCUACAAAUACUGAUAAACUUGCCUGUCACUUUGUUAGAGGUGUUUGUUUGUGAAAACAAAAGAAUAAAAUGUGGUUGAAGCUGU